AUGAUGAUGACUGAUAAGAGAAAUAGUACAACUGUAUAUGCUCUCCUUUUCGUGCUCUUUAUUUCCCUCAAUUCACCCACAUCAUUUGCAGUUGCAAAGGAAGAUGCCCCUGUUCUCAUGGAGGCAGAACCUCCUGCUGCUGCUGCUGACCAUGAACCGUACCAUGCUGUGAAUGGGUUCUGUGCCCAAAGGCCCAACAGAAAAGACAGGGAAUUCUGUCUCAGGGCCCUUAAAACCGAUCCCAGAAGCGCCGCCGCAAGAGAUCUACUCAGCCUCCUGCAAAUUUCGGUGGAUUUAGCAGUCAAGAAAACAAACGAAGCCCAUCAAUUUUUGAUAACUCUGUCCAAGAAGAAGAAUAAUUCAGCGACGGAAAACCAAUCACUAAAGGCGGUUCUUAAAGACUGCUCAUUUGCCUACAGUUGGUGCCUCAAGGAGUUGGAGAUGAUACCCAGAGAACUGCUGGAUGAUGCUGCAUUGGCUAGCUAUGAUGCACUUAUGGCUAGUGAUGCUUUGCAGAGUUGUAAUGAGUCGUUGAAGAAAAGCAACAUUGCCAAUCAUUCCAUUUCGCGAAUGCAUAGAGAUGUUGCCCACUAUGUUCUCCUCUGCGUCGACAUUGCCAGGGGAAUUUGA